AUGACAUAUCAUCCAACUACUUCCUCAAUUUCUCAAAACUUUUCCCCUCCAAUUUUUUGUAUUCAACUUUUAUUUGAACGAAUAUCUUCACCUUGGGAAUCUAAUUUUGAAGGGGUUAAAACAACUUUUGUUCGCUUUUUGCCAUCUUCCUCCCCUUCUUCAUCUUCAAAUUCUUCAAUUCCUUUGUAUCCUCAAAGACAAAUACGUGUUGGAAGUGGCCAUCUAUUUUUUAUUAGAGGAACAACAACUCAAAACGAUGGACCUAUAUGGCUAGAUUUGGAAGCUAAAAGUGGUGGAGAUAAUCAGAAAAUUUGGAAAGGAAGAAUUUCUUUAAUUAAAGAAAAUGAGAAAAUUCUUCCAAUUAUUUGUUCAUUACAACAACAACAACAACAACAAAAUGGCGGAUUAACUUUAGAAGCACAUUUUUUGUUAAAUAUAAGUGAAAUACAAAAGAAAAAUGAUAAACAAAAUUUGAAAAAUAAAACAAUAGAAAAGGAAGCACAAACAGAUUAUUUAAAUAAUGGAGUAAUUGAACGUGGAACUCAAACAAAUAAAGAAUUAGUACCCGAAACAACAAUUCAACAAACAACAGCAACAACCCUUCAACAAACAGAACAUCAAAAAACAAUUCUUAAACAACGGCAAAAAGAUAAAAAAUUAAUUAAGCUACUCCUAAUUCUCUUAUUAAAAGCAAAGAAUGAAAAUGAAAAAAAUAUUGGUAUUUUUGAAAAAAAUUUUAAAAAACCCCUCCCAAUUUUAGAAAAUAAAAACCUUCAAAAAAUAUCCAAAACAACAAAUACCGAAUGUUCUUUACCACCUUAUAGCGAUAAUUUAUUUAAUAAAUUAAUAAAGAUUAAUAAAAUUAAACGAGGACAUUUUCGAGCUCAAAUAGCCUAUCUUUCUUCUGUACACAAAACAAUAGUUGAAGAUAAAAAGGUUUUGAAUUUUGAAAGAAGAGGAGAUGAAAAGAAGAAAAUUAACAAAAAUAAACUUCAAACAACAAUAAACUUAAAUUUAAAAAGUAUUCAAAAACAACCAAAAAUUAAUAAAAAAGUUGAAGAAUCCCUUCCAUCAUCUGGAUUACAAUCUAUAGCUUUUAGUAGUCCAAACUCAUCAGAAGAAGGAAAUAAUGAAAGAAAUUUAAUUAUUGGAAGAAGAUUGAAGGUAAAAGAAAAUAACAAAGAUUUAAAAAUAGAAAAAAGAAGAAUGAAGGAAGAAUUAAUUAAAGAAGAGAUUCUUAAUUUAAAUAAUUAUUCAACUAAAAUUCAUAAGGAAAACCAAAAUUCACCCCCAAAAUCUUCAACCAAAUCUUCACCACAAAUUAGGCAACAAAAAAUACCUGAAGAAAAUAUACGCAGUAAUUCAAAAAGUUCUUCAAAAAAAUCAUCGACAACAUCUUCUUCAACAAAAUCUAAUAGUAAAAAUCUAGUCAUUGAUGCUGCUUCUAUAUUAUCUUCAAUUAAAAAUUCUUCCUCAUCUUCUAAAUCCUCAAAAUCUUCCACAAAAUCAUCCUCAACAAAUACAACAACAAAAAAUAAAAUAUCUGAUGAAGAAGAAAGUACUUCUACUGUUACUAGUAAACAAAAUACUGAAAGUUCAACAACAAAAACAAAAACUGAAAGUAGUAUAACAACAAAGAAAAGUAGUAAAAGAAGUUCUUCAAUUUCUGGGGGUGAGGAAUAA